AUGUCGAAGAAACCCAAAGAGAACUUCUCGUGCGAGAUGUUCAGCAACAAGUUCUUCAUGUUGUGCGCGGCGGGCGGCGCCAGUGCCUGCGGCAGCACGCACACGCUGCUGACGCCGCUGGACCUCGUCAAGUGCAGGCUGCAGGUCGACCCCGCCAAGUACAAGUCCAUAUUCAGAGGUUUCUCCAUUUCCGUGCAGGAAGGCGGCGCCGCGAACUUAGUUAAAGGCUGGGCGCCCACCCUUAUCGGCUACACUCUACAGGGAGCGGCGAAAUUCGCAGGCUAUGAGUACUUUAAAUACAAGUUCGCAACAAUGGUCGACGAAGAAAGCGCUUAUCUGUACAGGACGUAUUUGUAUCUAGCUGCAGCGGCGUCCGCGGAACUCGUGGCAGAUAUAUUCUUAGCGCCAUUCGAGGCUACAAAGGUGAGGAUGCAGACAACACCCGGUUAUACGUCAAAAAUGAGAGAAGCGAUGCCCCACAUGAUGUCCACUGAGGGCUUUGGGGUUUUCUACAAGGGAUUGACGCCUCUAUGGGGACGCCAGGUUCCAUACACGAUGAUGAAGUUUGCCUCUUUCGAAAAAACUUUGGAAUAUUUGUACGCGAAUGUCGUGCCGAAGCCGAGAGAACAGUGCACGAAGGUUGAGCAGCUAAUGGUUACGUUCACGGCUGGGUACAUAGCCGGCGUUCUCUGUGCGAUUGUUUCACAUCCUUCCGAUACCAUUGUUUCCAAGCUAAACAAAGAUCCUAGCGCAUCUAUCGGCGGAAUUAUCUCUGAAGUGGGUAUGUUCGGCAUUUGGCGCGGACUAGUGGCGCGUAUCAUCAUGAUAGGCACCCUGACAGGCCUGCAGUGGUUUAUCUACGACGCGUUCAAAGUGUACACGGGAAUGCCUCGACCUCCUCCUGCUGAUAUGCCGGAAUCUCUUAGAAAGAAAUUGGCCGCAAAAAAGUAAUGAGAUACUGUGUUGUUGAUGCUCCAAUGUUUUACUUUUUCAUAAAUAUAUACAUUGU